AUGAACUUGUACUCAUAUUCAAGAAUAAUAAAAUUCCCUGGGCAUAAUGCAUUGGUGUUGAAACGUCUUUUCCAUAGGCCGUACCAGUUUAAAUCGGUUCCUGAUGAUAUAAAGAACAAUUUAGUCACUGAAUGUGAAUGCUUCGUAAAGAGGUUGAAUGAAAAGUUACCAGACAAGAGUCAGUUGGAUAUCUCGUUAACUUUGCCAAAUAAAGUACCAGAAUACCACAAACAUGUAUUAAUGUUAUCAAAGGACCCAAAAGGAUGGAAAAACUGGCCUUCGAAACUAGAGAUGGCUCAUGAAUACCCUCAUAGCAUGGUGGGUACUUUGAAAUCGAGUCUUAAGGACACUAGAGAUGGAAGUGGAGUGCUUGUCAACGAGCUGGCUCUAGAUGGAUAUACGUCGUCUGAAACCCAUCUCAAAUUUCUUGUCAUACCUGACAUGAAAGUGUAUGAAGUUCAUAGAGACAGAGUAUCGGACUUUGCCCUCUUCUUAGGUGAUGGGAAACAGGACUCCCGGAAGAAACUCUCGUUCAAUGACUUUUUGAAGGGGUCAGAUGCCGUUGGACAAACUGCAAUACACUCGAGCGGUAGCGUAGCUAAUAGUAUACCAAACUUUCAGAGCGAACCGUUCCAUUCUGACAUAGCAAUGGUAUGCGGACAUUACCUGCGUGAUGCAAGAUGCGGUGAAUUAGCACCUUUACUCAUAGCAAAGCUUAACUCAAUCAAACCAAACUUGAAAACUGGGAUCGUUUCGCAUUUCGGUGGCCACAAGUUCGCAGGGAACUUGAUCUAUUACCAAUUCAACGGACUUAAAAUUCACAACGAUAACGAAACAGGUAAGAUAGACGGGUUAUGGCUAAGUAAACUGUUACCCCAGAAUUUAGAAUUCGUGUUCCGACAUUUGGACAAAGAUAUAAUAUUACAGGAUUUCUACAGAGGUCAUAUGUCCACUGCUGCUUAUACGUAG